AUGAUGUGGGACUUUAGCGGCGCCAACGGUGCGCAAGGCUCUCCGCCGGACUCUUACCUGCAGGUUCCUGGACAGUCUUAUCAGCCCACAUUUCCUGUACCGCAAACUAGAUAUGGCUCCAGUCCAGUUGUCCCCUUCGCGCCAAUCGGAGCGUCAAGCCAGUCAUCGCAUCAUCAAUCGCCGUACCCUCAUUCGCCUCACUAUUCCUCAUAUCAAUCCUUGGCGUACACUCCAGAUUCCCAGCAGUACGGAAGCGGCCAGAUUGCGCCGCGCGCUGUAGUGAAUACUCACACACGGACCCAUCAGCACCACAGUAGUCACCACGGUCAUGUUCACCAUUCUAAGCACUCUUCCCAGCAACGCGACCCCCCGUCUCAUUCGCGACCCGCGGUGGUUGGUCAUCAUGCGCCGGAAAUGGCCGUCCAGCCGAUCCAGUCUCGCCAGCAUUCUCGCUUCGAGUACUCGAAGUGUACUGGCAGGAGGAAGGCGCUCUGCAUUGGCAUCAAUUACCACGGUCAGUCGAACGAGCUCCACGGCUGCAUCAAUGAUGCCAAGAAUGUACAGCAAUACCUUAUCGACCACUGGAAUUAUAAGGCGGAAGAUAUUGUCUUACUGACCGAUGACUCCCACAACCCGCGUCAGAAGCCUACACGCGCGAACAUUCUUAACGCGAUGCACUGGCUCGUGCAGAGCGCCCACAAACAUGACUCGCUAUUCCUCCACUACUCUGGUCAUGGAGGACAAGUGAAAGAUAUCGACGGGGACGAGAUUGAUGGCCUCGACGAAGUCAUAUUCCCUGCCGAUUAUCGCACCACCGGACACCUCACGGACGACUUACUGCACACAGUCUUGGUCAAGCCCCUGCCUGCUGGUUGCCGUUUGACUGCUAUUUUUGACUCAUGUCAUUCUGGAUCUGUGCUCGAUCUUCCUUAUGAGUAUCAUUCGGACGGUAAAGCGAAGGGCAGCCAAGUAACGCCCUCCCACAUCAAGGAGAAGUCCACUCCAGCAGAUGUCAUAUCGUGGGCCGGAUGCAUGGAUUCGCAAACCAGCGCUGACAUAUACGAGGGGGGCGUAGCGGUAGGCGCCAUGAGUCAAGCGUUUACGAAAGCGCUUUCGAGCAAGCAAGACCAGAGCUAUCAGGAACUGCUGAGAAACAUUCGGGCGAUUUUGAACAAGAAGUACAGUCAGAAGCCGCAGCUGUCUAGUUCACACCGCAUUGACACGAACAUGAAGUUUAUCAUGUAA